AUUUUCUUGACUCCGGCACGGCCGGCACAUCUCAUUGGCCGCGCUUCAUCCGGGAAACCGUCGCGCAAGGAAUUGUGGGAUAGUCGUUGUCGCUUCGUCCUUUGUAUCUAAGCCCUCUAAACGCCUUAGGAGUUUUCUUGUAUGAAAUAUUUUAAAACCUUAUCCAGGUGUUACGUAAGAUGCGCUAAACGCGUGUUCAUCGGGCUGUCCGGUUCGCCGUGCGGUCUCCGUGAUGCCGAGAUGACAAUGGAUCUGGGCUUCCUUCUGUGCCCUGGCUGUAUGCAGCGCUGUCUAGGCAUGGGCGCGACGAUGUCCUAGCCACCCAGCAUGGACAGUGCUAAAGGUCGUGGUGAAGUUGAGCUGGCCGUGCCUGGGGCUGACCGAGCACCAUUGUCAUCGCCAGCGGGUUCUGUUGACCAACUGCUGCAUCAGACUGCAGAAGAGGAAGAGAUGGAGGCCAAGGGCCUCAACACGUCUGGCGAGAUGGACUUCCUCAUUCUCGACGAGGUGAAGGUCGACGAGGAGCAAGAAGGCAGCAGCGAGUUGCAAGAACCAAUGGCAAAAAGUGCAGAAAUUGAGGAACCUGUUCGAACUUCAACGCCUAAACAUGAUGCUGAGGGUUCGUUUAAAGGGGAUAGGGAGUGUGAAAAGGAUCUGCAACUUAGUGUAGAAGAUGGCGAUGAAGACGCUGCUUCUGCGUCCUCUUGUGGUGAAGGUGGAGCAAAGAAAGCAGGCAACGGAAAGGCAUGGGGUGUCAAACAAGAAGGUGACAAUACUGCGUUAAUGAUUCAGGAUGAAGAUGAGCCUGAAAAAAGCAAAGGGGAACCAGAGCUCAAGAAGGAUGUCGAAGAACUGCUGGAAGGUGCUGUAACAGAGUCUCCAGCACAAGUUGACGAAGAAUUGGCAGAAGCGGAGAAAUCGCUUGACAGCAGUGACGACGUGCAAGUUGUUUCUUUUGAACAGCUAGCUGACAAAGAGUCGAUGAAGAAAGAUGUCGAGGUUGAAAAGCUUGAUUCUGCUAAGGAAAACAAGAUGCCAGUCCUGAAUGGCACAGCCAAUAUUGGCAUUGCCUUGCAAGCCUCUGUUCUGAAGGAUGAAGAUCCGGAUGACCCAGAUCCUGUGGACAGCAAUGCUGAUGACGUGGAUUCAAAGCCACCGAAGCGAUCAGCAUCCAGCCAUGGCAUUUUGGCAGAUCUCAAGCGGGCCUUGAGCAUGAUCGAUGCGGAGUCUGGGAAGCCGAAGCGUUUCAAGCUCGACAUGGAUGAUGGGAGUGUCUUGAAGCAGGAGGAGGGCGUACAUCCCUCCGCAGCUUCUGCAGCAGUGGUGGCAGCGUCCGGGGAGUCUGUGGGUGUGCCUGUGGGUCCGAGUCUGGUGGUGCUGAACCGCAAGCAGCUGGAGCAGUACGUGUCACGGCGGGUGCGCGAGUGUCUGGUGACACAGGCCACUGCCCUGCUGCAGCCGAUGGAAAAGAAGUGCGACACGUUGCACCGAGCGCUGGAGCGAUGGCGGCGAAGGUCAUUCCAGCUGCAGAAGCAGCUUAACGAGUUUGUGUCCGAGCAGGAGAAGUGCGCCAAUGCCCGUCGGAGCCGAAGAUCUGUUGGCGUGUGCGUACGAAUGCCACCCUUGAAGCCACAGGCGCCAACACCUGCAUCCCCUGGUAUCAAGACGAUACCUACCACCGUGAUGGCACCUACUUCUGUCACGUCUCGUGCUCCCAGUGUGACUGCCACACGUGCCUCGAAUGUGACUGUCUCGACUGUGGCUUCAGGCAGCACAUCGCCCGCACGUCCGCUGACUCCUGCACAACAGAUCAGAGUGACUGGUACCAAUGCCUCAAUGCUUGCAGCGCAGCUGGGCUUGAAACCGAACCAGCACAUGAAGUUGGUGAAAGUUUCGACACCGAGUGGUGGUAGCACAGCUGUGGUCACUCGUAUGCCCCCUCAGUUGCAGAGUGCCCCAUCCUCGUCGACUUCGGUGUCAUCCUCGGUGCCAGUGCCAAUGCAGCUAAUCGCCAACACAGCCAACAUGACUGGUUCUUCGUCACCUGCAAUGAAAGUCGGUGUCACAACGAGCUCUGCUACAUCUCCUGCUGGCACAUCUGUGCGAACGGUUGCUGUGGUGUCGUCUGCUGCCAGUGGCACGUCGUCCGCAUCUGGGGUGAAAAUCAUUGACCUCACUCAGGAAGAAGAGGCAGCAAAUGCUCAUGCUAAGGCCCUCUCAGCCAGCGGUGUCUCACUGGGCAAUGCAUUGCACAAGAUUGUUUCCUCAUCAUCCAUUCCUGUACUGAGCGCGGCACCAACUUCUCUUGUUCAGGUGUCAUCCACGUCGAGCCCUUCUACAACGCGCGUAAGCAUUGCAGGCACCUCAGUGGUGCUGAGCCACAUGACGGGAGGCACGGUGACUCAGGCCGGUGGCAACACAUUGCGGCUUGGUUCGUCACCACUAGUCGGGCCCCCGGCGCGAGUGACAUACUUAGUGCCAAGCUUGCCCCCUGGCAUGGUGGUGACCCCACGCGAGGCUGGACCACGGCUUGCUACCGGCAGUGGUGCGCAGCCCAUGCAGACGAUCCUGCUGCGCAUGGCGUCACCGCAGGGUGGUUUCACCACCGUGCCUGGAGGUACCAUUGCUGUGCCAGCGAACUUAAUGCCUGCAAAUGCAUCUGGCAGCCCAACUGGGACACCGGCUGGAGCUACCACCAUGAUGGUUGCAACGGCAACAGGAUCUCAGUGGCGGGAAAUCGUCAUAACCAUGCCUCCUUACAAAGAGGUCCGCAUGGUUCGUGCCCCACCACCAAUGACGCUCCCAAGAGGCGGUGCCACCCUGACCUUGCCUCCGGGAACGACACUGGUGCGCGCCCCAAUGGCAUCGAACAUGCGGCCAGGCGUCCCCCAGCAGAUGUCCGUGGUGCGACCCCCUGUUCCGACAGCCUCCACGCCAGCCACGCCCACAACCCUCUCGCUUCCUCCGAAGCCAACGCUGCAGGUGCAAGUGCCUGGCGCAGGAGGAAGUACUCCUGUCAGGCUGCCACAACCGCCGCUGCAGGUUCAAGUACCCAUCAGUGGCGCCAGUGGGACUGGCGCUGUGCGGCCAGCGAAGCUGGAUGGCAACGUUUCGCUCAUAAAAACUCAGCAUCCAGCUUCUUUACCGCCGACACCACGGUACAUUGAUGAUCCCAAAAAGAAACGACUACCACCCAAGCCUGCUCUGAAGAUCACGAAGGCCGCCAGUGGUGAGAAAGCAGACAACACCGCGAUUAUUCGCAAAGCGCCGCCGGCCAAGAAAGCUGUGGUGGUCAAGAAGGAAGUAGCCGAGCUGAAGCCACCAAGCGCGGAGGACAUGGAAAAGGUUCUGGAGCAGUGGCAGACAUUCCUAGACAAUCAGGGCGGGAACGAUGGCAACAAGGAAGAUGGCAAGGAGCAGGUUCGGCGACGCCUGCCCUAUCACACGCAGCGGCCCCUACGCCACGCCUGUCUCUGCCGACUGGGCACCUGCCGGUACGACAAGCUCGCGGCGACCUACAAGGAGCGACUUCACGCGGACUUUGGUCGCCUCGAGCCGACUCAGCAGCUGCGUGAGCUGCUGGGCCGCAUGUACACGAAAGGCAAGGCCAAGCGGGAGCGGAACAAGAGGGCCAGCAAGGAGGACUCUUCCGCUGCCGCCGCGGCUGCUCGGAAAGGCAGAUGCAAGUGGGUGUAUUGGUUGCCUGCGUCGGGUGCAGCACAGCUACGGCGCAAGGUCUGCAAGGCGGCCUUCAUGGCGGUGCACGGCAUCACUGAGAAGAGGACGCGCGACGUUCAGUUGCUGUGGAUGAGACUGAGGGCAAAGCGUGGACACACCCCCACUGGCAACGAAUCCGACAUUGAGCGAGAGGAGUUGAUGCCAGGCACUUACUCGGACAUCGAUGAUGAGGACGAGGGCGACGAAUCUGCUGAGAAGCCGGUCCCGAAGCCAGCUUGCAAACCUCGCAGAGGGCGCAAGAUACUCAGAGUAUCUGAGAGCGAGGAUAGUGAGGCUGCAGACGAUGUCAUCGGUGUGAAGCGCAAAAGUAACGUUGCAUGGACGCCAGAAAACGGCCCGAAGAAGGCAGGAAGUAAAGUGGUAGUCGUGAAGCCAUCUUUGUUGGAUUCCAACGUCAAAACGAAUGAACAGAGCAGCAAAGCUAGUCAACAUGAGGAAACAGAAGUGGAGGGAGAUGACGAAGCAGAUGAUGACGAAGACGUGCCUUACCUUGACAUUAGCGGGUUUGAGCCCAUAUGUGCGUUGGAAGAGGACAGCGAAAACCUGGUCCUCUCUCUACCACGAGGUGUCUUCGGGGAUGACGAAGAAGAUGCAGGAGCAACUUGAAAGGUCUGGUGCUGUCGUGGAACAUGACUUUCAACACACUCUAUGCGGACAUCCAGACAUACCAACUGUACGCUUACCAAGAAACCAACAGCCCCCCUGCCACAUCCCACUGGAAGAAAGUCGGCGAUGUGCGAGCAUUGC